AUGGAAGCAGAUUCAAUUGCAGAAGGUUUUAAGCGAAGUAUGGAAUUACAUGGAUUGAAAUACAAUAAACUAAUAGGAGAUAUUGGGAAAAAAUAUUUGAAAACAAAACGAAUGAAAAGUGAAAAAAGAAAAUGUAAAAAACUCCUUUUUCCAAAAAAAUUUUCUAAACAAACGGGUCCGGAUCAACAUUAUGGCCUGGCUGAACCGUUACUCGAUGAUAUACCUUUGAAUGAACUGGAAUCAAAGAAAAGUGCAUUCAUUCAGUCACUUUACUUGGACCACGACAAACGCAUAGAAUUAGAAAUUAAAACUAGAGAACAGGCUAAUUCACAAAUUUGGCACACAGAAAGAAGAAACCGAAUAACAGCUUCAAAUUUUGGUCGGAUUUGUAAAAUGCGACCAACUACAUUAUGUAGGUCUACAGUUUACGAUAUGUUGUAUAGGUCAUUUACUUCUAAAUCAACUGAUUAUGGUAGAGCAAUGGAGAAUAAAGCCAUAAUCGUAUUCCAAAACGGUUUUAAUUGUGUUGUUGAACCUUGUGGUCUUAUAGUGGAUGACGAUUUGCAUUAUUUAGCUGCUUCUCCCGAUGGUCUUGUGGGAACUGAUUAUGUCGUAGAAAUAAAGUGCCCAUUCAAAGCUAAAGACAGUUCCAGUUUUAUUGAAGCCGUCAUGAAUAAAAAAGUAAAAUUUUGUCGUAUUCAAAAUGAAAAUGAAAUGGAACUGAAAAAAGAACAUAAUUACUACUAUCAGAUUCAAGGGCAAAUGCACGUCUCAAAAAGAAAAUUUUGUUAUUUUGUAGUAUAUACUGAAAAUUGGUCUAAAGUUCAAAUUAUUGAAUACGAUGAAUCAUUUUGGUCGAAUAAAAUGGUUAGAAAACUUGAGGUCUUCUACAAAGAAUGUUUACUACCGGAAAUUGUGAACCCGCAGUAUGGAAAGAGACUUUUGGUUACCGAUAUUAAAGAUCCGGCUUAUAUACUUAACAAU